AUGCCAUUCAUUCCAAAUACUCCCGAGUCCCGGUUGGGCCGCUCCGAUUCAAAGAAUCCAGCCACGACAUGUCGAGGCAUCACUUCAGGUGGUCGUCCUUGUCGACGACCAUUGAACUCUUCUCCGGGUUCGUCGCCACUACCUCCUCCGCCUAAAAUCGAUGGAUUGCGUGUCGACGACCCUCGAAAUGCCGACCUUUACUGCUGGCAACAUAAAGAUCAAGCAAUCUCAUCUUCAAAAUCCAGUCCGGGACCGAGGUCGAAUAUUACACCUAUCCUCGAAUCUCGUCAAAGCUUGGAGAGUCUUAUUGAUCGUCUUGGAAUAGUCGAGGCACAGAAGCAAGGGAAAAGACCAACACAUAACCCCUACGGCGAGAAGAUAGGUUCACAUCCACCAAGGCGACCGAAGACGAAGCAGUCGAGCUUCUGCUGCUGUUUCACAAUCACCGAAGAAGUAGAAGAAGAGCUUCCAGCACGACCGCAACCCAGGCCGCUACAAAGUGCACCUGCGAAACCCAUGUAUUCUAGGCCACCACCCAACCAGCAUCUCGUACCUCCUCCUGCGCAGUCACGACCAAGUGGCGAGUCUUUAAGACCGCACUCGAACCAGUCCGAUACAUCGCAAACGGCACAAUACUUAUCCUUAAUCCCAGCGACGGCAUCACCUCAGACGGCCUCGCAGCUCAUGGCAGAAUUAGCCAAACCUAUCUCGCAACAAGAUGAAGCCGGUUAUAUCUACAUUUUCUGGCUAACACCGGAAUCUCAACCGUCGACUCCUCCGGCAGAAGCAGCCAAAUCCCUCUUAUCUCCGCCCCGCCCAGACGGUGGUCGUCAACGACGAACAAGCGACGUGAUGGAGUCUUUUGCUGUUAAGGAGAGCAAGACUACUGGAUCGUCCAAGAAAAUUCUUCUGAAAAUCGGUCGGGCGUCUAAUGUUCAACGACGUCUCAACGAAUGGACACGCCAGUGCGGUUAUAACAUAUCGCUCAUCCGUUACUAUCCUUACGUCUCUUCUUCUGAGACAGCAGAGCCUCGGAAGAUGCCUCAUAGUCACAAAGUCGAGCGAUUAGUCCAUCUCGAACUCGCAGGUGCCGGUCUUCGGGUAAGCGACAAGGCGAACUGUGACGCUUGCGGGAAAGCCCACAAGGAGUGGUUCGAGGUCGAUGCCAACAAAAACGCGAUCUCAAUGGUGGAUGAGGUUAUCAAGCGCUGGUCGGACUGGGAUGAAGCCAACCCAUAG